AUGGGCAUGGAGCACAUUAACAACAAUCUAACCACUGUAUUCCGUACAACCUUUAGACCAACGGCUGGCAACAACUUAUUGAGUCCAGUACUUCUAGAGAACGUUAAAACCGUGGUCAAGCUCUGGAUACUUUCCAUUCUGCCGUGCAUCGGCGUGGUUACAAACUCCUUGAACAUCACAGUGUUUCGGCGUCAAGGCUUCAAAGAAGGUCCCGUCAUCUCGAUGUUCUCGUUAUCCGUUUGGGACCUGCUAAAGUGUGUCUGCGGUCUGAUACAUCAGCUGUACGGACCGUUGGGUUUAGUCUCGCCCGUUCUCGGGAUCUCGUGGGAAAAUGCAACAAUCCCGUACUUCGAGUACACGACGAUCUUCGCUGGUUAUGUUUCUUACGCUCUAGCGGCUUUUGUUUCUGUGGAGAGAUGUCUGAGUGUUAGCCUGCCCUUCAAGGCCAAGCUGAUGAUCACUCGUAAAGUGACAAUACUUUGUGUGACGGCGAUAUCCAUCCUUGUCUUUGGUUCCUACACCGUCAUCUACGGCAUAUACCAGGUCGUCUUCGAGUUCAGCCCGGAGUUUAACGCCACAAUCGCUAAACUCGCGUUCACUAAACUUUACCUGAACAAAUCUGACAUCAUCAUGAGCUACUACCAAGCCGUCGGUAUCAUUCUCCCAUCCGUUAGUUUUUUCAUCAUUUGUAUCUGUUCCUACCUGACCGUAUUUCACCUGAAGAAAUCGUCACGGUUCAUGAAGCACAAAUCAGACAACGCGUCGUCCACCACGACGUUGUCAGCCAGAGAAAAACAAGUGGCCUUGACUCUUCUGUCCGUGACCUUUGUCUACAUCAUCAACCUGUUCCCACGAGUCGUGUUUUACUUGGCCCAGAUGGUGGAGCCAGAGUUUUACCUGCUGAGGAAAUACAACGACCUGUUUUUCCUCACCGUGAUUUUUAUCUUUAUCUUAGAUUUUUUAAACGCCUCCAUCCAUUUGUUUAUAUUUCUUGUAAUGAGCUCCAGCUUUAGGCGGACCUUUAAAUCGAUUUGGUGUCGAAAGGAAAAACUACACAUGAAAUAA